AUGGGUAUCUCCUCGAUCCUCACACUGAUCGCGCUGGGCGCCUCAACCAGCGCCCACUCGAUCUUCCAGGAGGUGUACGUCAACGGCGUCGAUCAGGGGCACAUCAACGGAAUCCGAGUACCAAGCUACGACGGCCCUAUAACUGAUGUCACCUCCAACGACUUGAUUUGCAACGGAGGAAUCAACCCAUACGUUCAGCCCGUCUCAACCGUCGUCAUCGACGCUAAAGCGGGCGAUACUGUGACCGCGGAAUGGCACCAUACACUUGCAGGUGCGGACCCGUCGGACCCGGCCGACCCCAUCGACCCUGGGCACAAGGGCCCUGUUAUUGCUUACUUGGCCAAGGUACCGAACGCUCUCCAAACCGACGUGACAGGUCUUGGGUGGUUCAAGAUCUGGGAGGACGGAAUGGCGAGCGAUGGAUCCUGGGGUGUGGAUCGCCUAGUCGCUGCCAAGGGAAAGGUUUCCUUCCCAAUUCCGGAGUGUAUCGAGGCGGGAGACUAUCUCCUGCGUGUGGAGAUCAUCGCUCUCCAUGCAGCAUCCAGUUAUCCCGGUGCUCAGUUCUACAUGGAGUGCGCACAGAUGUCGAUCAGCGGUGGUGGCAGUACGCAGCCCGCCACGGUAUCGUUCCCUGGUGCUUACCACAGCACUGACCCCGGAGUCACCAUCAACAUCUACUACCCCGCUCCCAAGAACUACACCGUGCCGGGACCGAACGUCUUCAGCUGCAGUGGCUCCGCACAACCCGCUCCCUCUUCUUCCGCCAAGCCUGCCAGUCCAACUACCGUGGCGGCUCCUACAACCACAGCCAAGGCUGCGACAACCGUCGCUCCUGCUUCGACUGCCGUGGCAAGUCCUGGAUCUGGUGCAACUGCCGCACAAUAUGCUCAGUGCGGAGGUACCGGCUUCACGGGUCCCACGACCUGCGCUUCUCCGUUUACUUGCACGACGCUCAAUGACUACUAUAGUCAAUGCCUGUGA